AGACAUGCUGGCCAACUCUAUCAAACAGCAAGCCCGUAGUAUAACAUCUUCAGCAGUUCUUUGUAAAAAUAAGGCUGGAAAGCAUAAGGCAACUGUAGACAGGUCCAGGAUGUUGACUUACGAAAUGGCUCAAAAGCCACACCAUAUUGGCGUCAGGAAAUCAUGGCUCACAUGGCAUUCGCAGAACUUGGAAGAAUUUAGACAAUCCCAACCUCUGGUUGUAGCACAAGAUGAAGUUGUAAGGAGGUUUAUAAGAGGUUUCUUCCCACAGAACAUUGUCGUCAGUGGAAAUGAACUUGUGAUUAAGAGGAAAGGUAAUGUACUCACAGUAGCCGGAUUUCUACAGCAUUCACGACGACUUGACAUUAGAAGGAUCUAUUGGAUGUUUGGUUUCGCAGAAGAGUUCUUAUCAAUCCUUUUGAAACAGCCAGUGAAGUUAGAGUUAUCGUUUAUCAAGAGCGAGGCUGAUGUAGCAUACAAUUACAUUUAG